UCUACAUCACUUUAGUGCAUUUCUUUCAAAAAUGAUUCUGUUACGGCUAACACUGAGCUUAGUGCUUCUCAGAAGUACCACAAAUUGUGCUUUUCUAAAGGGUUGCAACUAUGGCGGGUCCUGCGUGGACGAGAAAUGGAGAAACCACACUCAUUCGAACAUCAUUUGCAUGGAGUGGAUGGAACUUGAUGAAGGUGAUAUUGAUACCUGUCCAAAACCCUGGAAAUGCUGCCAUACUACGCAGUACGAAAAGAAGAUUCCAUAUCCAAAACACUAACCGUGAAGCCCUAAACUUUAAUUCACUGACAACAUAUGUAUGAGAAACUGGUUUCUCAUUUUAUGGCCCAAUAAAAUGAAUAAAGUCAAAACAAAA